GGCUCCUGGGGGGCGGGGGCCGGGGCCCGGGCCGGCUCGUGCGGGGGGUAUGAUGACCCGGCGGCGGGGCCCCGGAUCGCGUCUCCUCCGCCGCCUCCUCGCGGCGGCCCCGACUCGCGGCUGAGAACUACACACACCGGCGGUAUGGCAUCACAGCUGCAGGUGUUCUCCCCCCCAUCAGUGUCGUCGAGUGCCUUCUGCAGUGCGAAGAAACUGAAAAUAGAGCCCUCUGGCUGGGAUGUUUCAGGACAGAGCAGCAACGACAAAUAUUAUACCCACAGCAAAACCCUCCCAGCUACACAAGGGCAAGCCAGCUCCUCUCACCAGGUAGCCAAUUUCAAUAUUCCUGCUUACGACCAGGGCCUCCUCCUCCCUGCUCCUGCAGUGGAGCAUAUUGUGGUAACAGCUGCUGAUAGCUCAGGCAGUGCCGCUACGGCAACCUUCCAAAGCAGCCAGGCCCUGACUCAUAGGGGCAACGUUUCUUUGCUUGAGCCAUAUCAAAAAUGUGGAUUGAAAAGAAAAAGUGAGGAAGUCGACAGCAACGGUAGUGUGCAGAUCAUAGAAGAACAUCCCCCUCUCAUGCUGCAAAACAGAACUGUGGUGGGUGCUGCUGCCACGACCACCACUGUGACCACCAAGAGUAGUAGUUCUAGCGGAGAAGGGGAUUACCAGCUGGUCCAGCACGAGAUCCUUUGCUCUAUGACCAACAGCUAUGAAGUCUUGGAGUUCCUAGGCCGAGGGACAUUUGGACAGGUGGCAAAGUGCUGGAAGCGGAGCACCAAGGAAAUUGUGGCUAUUAAGAUCUUGAAGAACCAUCCCUCCUAUGCCAGACAAGGACAGAUUGAAGUGAGCAUCCUUUCCCGCCUAAGCAGUGAAAAUGCUGACGAGUAUAAUUUUGUCCGUUCUUACGAGUGUUUUCAGCACAAGAAUCAUACCUGCCUUGUGUUUGAGAUGUUGGAGCAGAACCUGUAUGAUUUCCUAAAGCAGAACAAGUUCAGCCCACUGCCACUCAAGUACAUCAGACCAAUCUUGCAGCAGGUGGCCACAGCCUUGAUGAAGCUGAAGAGUCUGGGUCUGAUUCAUGCUGACCUUAAACCUGAAAACAUAAUGCUGGUUGAUCCAGUUCGCCAACCCUACCGAGUGAAGGUCAUUGACUUUGGUUCUGCUAGUCACGUUUCCAAAGCUGUGUGUUCAACCUACCUGCAGUCACGCUACUACAGAGCCCCCGAAAUUAUUCUUGGAUUACCAUUCUGUGAAGCUAUUGACAUGUGGUCUCUGGGCUGUGUAAUAGCUGAGCUGUUCCUGGGAUGGCCUCUUUAUCCUGGUGCUUCAGAGUAUGAUCAGAUUCGUUAUAUUUCACAAACACAAGGCCUGCCAGCUGAAUAUCUUCUUAGUGCCGGAACAAAAACAACCAGGUUUUUUAACAGAGAUCCUAAUUUGGGGUACCCACUGUGGCGGCUUAAGACACCCGAAGAACAUGAAUUGGAGACUGGAAUAAAGUCAAAAGAAGCCCGGAAGUACAUCUUUAAUUGUUUAGAUGACAUGGCUCAGGUAAACAUGUCUACAGACUUAGAGGGAACAGACAUGUUGGCAGAGAAGGCAGAUCGGAGAGAAUACAUUGAUCUCUUAAAGAAAAUGCUGACGAUUGAUGCAGAUAAGAGAAUCACUCCUCUGAAAACUCUUAACCAUCAGUUUGUGACAAUGACUCACCUUCUGGAUUUUCCACACAGUAACCAUGUUAAGUCUUGUUUCCAGAACAUGGAGAUCUGCAAGCGGAGGGUUCACAUGUAUGACACAGUGAGUCAGAUCAAGAGUCCCUUCACUACACAUGUUGCGCCAAAUACAAGCACAAAUCUAACCAUGAGCUUCAGCAACCAGCUCAACACAGUGCACAAUCAGGCCAGUGUUCUAGCUUCCAGCUCUACUGCAGCAGCUGCUACUCUUUCUCUGGCUAAUUCAGAUGUCUCACUACUGAACUACCAGUCAGCUUUGUACCCAUCAUCUGCUGCACCAGUUCCUGGAGUUGCCCAGCAGGGUGUUCCUUUACAACCUGGAACCACCCAGAUCUGCACUCAGACAGAUCCGUUCCCACAAACAUUUAUAGUGUGUCCACCUGCUUUUCAGACUGGGCUACAAGCAACAACAAAACAUUCUGGAUUCCCUGUGAGGAUGGAUAAUGCUGUGCCAAUUGUACCCCAGGCGCCCGCUGCUCAGCCACUACAGAUACAGUCAGGAGUACUUACUCAGGGAAGCUGUACACCACUAAUGGUAGCAACUCUCCAUCCUCAAGUAGCCACCAUCACACCGCAGUAUGCGGUGCCCUUUACCCUGAGCUGCGCAGCCGGUCGGCCGGCGCUGGUUGAACAGACUGCUGCUGUACUGCAAGCCUGGCCUGGAGGAACACAACAAAUCCUCCUCCCUUCAACUUGGCAGCAGUUGCCCGGGGUAGCUCUCCACAACUCUGUCCAGCCUACUGCAGUGAUUCCAGAGGCCAUGGGGAGUGGUCAGCAGCUAGCAGACUGGAGGAACGCCCACUCCCAUGGCAACCAGUACAGCACUAUCAUGCAGCAGCCAUCUUUGCUGACUAACCAUGUGACGUUGGCCACUGCUCAGCCUCUGAAUGUUGGUGUUGCCCAUGUUGUCAGACAACAGCAAUCUAGUUCCCUCCCUUCAAAGAAGAAUAAGCAAUCUGCUCCAGUCUCAUCCAAAUCCUCUCUGGAAGUUCUGCCUUCCCAAGUUUAUUCUCUGGUUGGGAGUAGUCCUCUACGUACCACAUCUUCUUAUAAUUCCUUAGUCCCUGUCCAAGAUCAGCAUCAGCCAAUCAUCAUUCCAGACACCCCCAGCCCUCCUGUGAGCGUCAUCACUAUCCGUAGCGACACUGAUGAAGAAGAGGACAACAAAUACAAGCCCAAUAGCUCGGGCCUGAAGGCAAGGUCUAAUGUCAUCAGUUAUGUGACUGUGAAUGAUUCUCCAGACUCCGACUCUUCCCUGAGCAGCCCAUAUUCCACUGACACUCUGAGUGCUCUCCGGGGCAACAGUGGGCCACUGGAAGGGCCUGGCAGAACCACCACGGACGGCACUGGCACCCGUACCAUCAUUGUGCCUCCACUGAAAACACAGCUUGGCGACUGCACUGUAGCAACCCAGGCCUCAGGUCUCCUUAGCAGUAAGACCAAGCCAGUGGCCUCAGUGAGUGGGCAGUCAUCUGGAUGCUGUAUCACCCCCACAGGGUACCGGGCUCAGCGAGGGGGGACCAGCACAGUGCAGCCGCUCAACCUUAGCCAGAACCAGCAGUCAUCGUCAGCUGCAACCUCGCAGGAAAGAAGCAGCAACCCUGCUCCCCGCAGGCAGCAGGCAUUUGUGGCCCCGCUCUCCCAAGCCCCCUACGCCUUCCAGCAUGGCAGCCCACUGCACUCGACGGGGCAUCCACACUUGGCCCCAGCCCCUGCUCACCUGCCAAGCCAGCCUCACCUGUAUACGUAUGCUGCUCCCACUUCUGCCGCUGCAUUGGGUUCCACAAGUUCCAUUGCUCAUCUUUUCUCCCCCCAGGGUUCCUCAAGGCAUGCUGCAGCUUAUACCACUCACCCUAGCACUCUGGUGCACCAGGUUCCUGUCAGUGUUGGGCCUAACCUCCUCACUUCUGCCAGCGUGGCCCCUGCUCAGUACCAGCACCAGUUUGCCACCCAGUCCUACAUUGGGUCUUCCCGAGGCUCAACAAUUUACACUGGAUACCCGCUGAGUCCUACCAAGAUCAGUCAGUAUUCUUAUUUGUAGUAGAUGAGCACCAGGGGGGCUUCAUGGCUGCCUGCAAAUGGCCCUGAGUUAUUAAUGGGCUCUGGUGAGCACCUCCAUCUUCUCUUGAAAGUUCCUAGCCAGCAGCUCAUUCUGCAGGGGCCCACUGAAGCAGAAGGCUUUUCUCUGGGGAACCGCUCUUGGUGUUGACUGCAUUGGUGUAGUCUCCCAAGUCUGCCGUGUUUUUAAUUCUUUAUUCUUGUGACAGCAUUUUUGGACUUUGGAGGAGCUCAGAAGCCCAUCUUCUGCAGUCACCAGGGAAGAAAGACCACUCUGAAGUUACCCUCUGACAUACACUUUGUCUUUUUGACUUGAUUUCUAGAAAUGCUUUUGAAAACAAGUGAAGCCCUUUGUUACUUAACUUUCUUUUAUUAAGAUUGCUGGUCAGAGGAAAAAUGCUGGUAGAAGGAUCUGAAAUCUUGUAAGAGAUGAGAAGAAGUCAUUACUUGUUUGUUUAAAAAAACAAGACUUCUUGCCUUUUAUUUUAAAAGCAGCUUAAGCGAGGCUGUACGUUUCCUGUCAGGCAUUUCUCCUCAAAAGUUGAUCUUUGCUAAUAAUACAUUAAAACUUAAAGUGAUUUCGUUAUUUUUUUCAUGUUAUGUUUCCUUAUUGAGCAGUUAUUACCACUUUUGUCAAAAGUGGCUAAGUAUUGAAAUGUUUGCAGUUUUUUCUGUGUUCAUUACAGAGUGGUGUUAAAAAGGCAGCCCACCACUUGCUGGACCACAGUGAGAGGAUCUGUGCCCACCAAGGAUUCUUUUUAAAUGGAAGCAUGAAUUCUUUCUUAUUUUUUUAAAGUCCUCCUUCUCUCUGUUGUUGGUUCAACUUAAAUUCUUAAAUUCUCCUACUAGAAAAGCCAGUGAGUUGAUGGGUAUGGUGGUAGUUAUUUUUGUUUUGUUUUGGGUUUUUUUUGUUUUUGUUUUUGAUUUUUGCAUACAAUAGAAUGCAGAAUCUUUCUAGAAUGAGAUACUGGCAAUGGUGAGCUUUGCCUAAGAUUUCUAUGAAUUUUCAAUAACACACCUCUGUGUUUUCCUCGUCUCUCCCUUCUGUCUUAUAUGACUUAUUUGAGGGGAAGCUAAAGAAACUAAAACCAGAUUAAGUUGUGUAUAGCUUUUAUACUUUCAAGUAGCUUCCUUUGUAUGCCAACAGCAAAUUGAAUGCUCUCUUAUUGACUUAUACAAUAAGUGCAUGUAGGAACUGCAAAAAAUAUUUUAAAAGUUUAUUACUGAAUUGAAAAAAUAUUUUAGAAGUUUUGUAAUGGUGGUGUUUUAAUAUUUUGCAUAAUUAAAUAUGUACAUAUUGAUUAGAAAAAUAUAACAAUUUUUCCUCUAACCCAAAAUGUUAUUUGUAAUCAACUGUGUAGUGAUUACACUUGAAUUGUGUAUUUAGUGUGUAUCUGAUCCUCCAGUGUUACCCCGGAGAUGGAUUAUGUCUCCAUUGUAUUUAAACCAAAAUGAACUGAUACUUGUUGGAAUGUAUGUGAACUAAUUGCAAUUAUAUUAGAGCAUAUUACUGUAGUGCUGAGUGAGCAGGGGCAUUGCCUGCAAGGAGAGGAGACCCUUGGGAUUGUUUUGCACAGGUGUGUCUGGUGAGGAGUUGUUUGUUCAGUGUGUCUUUUCCUUCCCCCUCUCCUCUCUUCCCUUCUUGUAGUGCCUUAUAUGAUAAUGUAGUGGUUAAUAGAGUUUACAGUGAGCUUGCCUUAGGAUGGACCAGCAAGCCCCAGCGGACCCCAAGCUGUCCACUGGGAUUUAACAGAACAGGUUUAGUAGCUGUGUUGUGUAAAUGCAUUGUUCUCAGUCUCCCUGCCAACAGUGAAAAAUCAAAACAGCAGCUUUCCUUCUUUACUGCCACUGUGUCCUCUUCCAUUUUGGAUCCUCAGCUCAGCACUCAUGGAAGCAUUCCCCCGUGUGGCUCUCACUGUGCCUUGCUACCUGGCUUCAUAAGAGUUCAGGGAGCAGGUGAGAGCAGUGAGCCAGCCCUCCAUAUGCAUAUUUGAAAGUAAGUGCAAUCACUUAGGAUGGGGUUCUUUUCCUCUCUCCUCGUGUGGCAGUCCUUCCUGCGCAUAGGUGACAUUACUAGUAAACUUUGCUUGUUUUGUUAAAGGCAUGUAACAGAUGUGUUUAUACCAAAGAGCCUGUUGUUUUGCUUAACAUGUCCCCAUACUCUGAGGAGGGUUUUGUACAACUACUGGUGACAAGAAGCUCACAGAAAGGCUUCUGAAUCAGUGAAGAAUAUUAAAAAGAAACCAAAGCCUCUUGAAUCACCAAGGGUUUUGAGGUUUCUUUGUAACAACAUGUACAUUCUUGGGGCCCUUCAAAUUGUGAAAUUGUCCUAGUAUUCAACUCCUCCAUGGAUUUGGGCCAAGUUGAAGGUACUGGGAAUGAGGACAUUCCUGCCCACGAAGGAUGUGCGGGGGAGGAGGUUAACCCUAAACUACAGAUGUGUUCCACCAGAGUUGAAAGUUACAUUUGAACGCUAAUUCUAGGAUUGGUUCUGUAUAGAGAUGGUGUCAGGGAGGUGCAGGAUGGAGAUGGGAGAUUUCAUGGAGCCUGGUCAGCAAGCUCUGCACCAGGUGAAACACCGAGGAGCUGUCAACGAAUUUGGAGUUUUUUCAGCACGGGGAGUAAGAGUUUCCAGGGCGGGGCAGGCAGUCAGUACAGCCUGCCAGGAGCAUGGGGUAUUUUCUGUCUUUUCUGUAAUCAUUAUAGUAGCUGUGCGCUGAGCAGCCUGCUGGUUGAGAUAACCACGCGUUCGUGUAGUUUGUCACUAGUGUUAAACAGUUUAAGUCAGUGUGUGUGUGAUCUUUGUGUCUCCUUUUCCCCAAGCAUUCUGGUUUUCUUGUUUAAAUACAGUUCUAGUUUCUAGUUGGAACAUUUUUGUACUUUAUCUUCCCUCAGCAAGGGACAAAAUUUAUUGUUUUUGCAGGGAUGAGAUGCAGGAAAAAAACAAACCAACCCCUUCCCUGCCCCCUCACCCAAGCAGCAGUUACUGAAGAUGGGAGUCUUAAGUCCACGGGAAAAGAGAACGCCCAAGUGCUUGCAUCAUCACCUCUAACAUCUGGCUAGCAGUGUGACUUUACAGGCUUGGAAGCUGUCAGUCUACAAACUGACAUUUCACAUUUCCCAAGAUGACCCACCUCUGCUGAGUAUGUAUGUGCUGGACGUGGUUUUACAUUCCUUCUGUCCUGGGGCGUAAACAGUGACUGCCUGCCCUGCUGGCAUGGAAGGAAGCCCUGUGAAUACAGUGAGCAGCUGACCUGAGUCAGCAUUGCCUGACCUUGAUCAGCUUAAGGCUUUAAAUAAACCCUCCCUUAGAACUUGCAUUUCCAGCUUCUCUCCAGAUGAGAGUAAGUGGAAAGGGUUGCUUAGAGCCACCUAGGCACACCAGGACAUGUAAUCACUCCAGAGUUCCCAGUCGCUCCUAGGAGCUGAUUAUCAUUGUCAUGUUCAGCUGAAAUGCCAACCCCAGGAGUAAGAAGCCCAUUUCAAACAAUUCUGGCCUUUCAGAGCCUGCUUUUGUGGUUGCUCAUCCACUAUCCUCCACUAGAGGGGCUUAGCUUGACUGCCCUUAGCCAGGCAAGCACAGAAAUUUGUGUUUUAUUCUGCAUUAUUAUGCAGAGAUCUACUAGUUGAGAUGGUUUGUUUUAGGAUAGGAAAUGAAAUUGCCUCUCAGUGACAGGAAUGGCCAAGCCUGCUUUGUAUUUUGACUUUUUUUUUUUUUAAAAAAAACUGAUGGAUGGUGCAGCAUGUCUCCAUGUCUCCAUGGUUGUUUGUUGCUAAACUUUAUAUAAUGUGUGGUUCCAAUUCAGCUUGAAAAAUAAUCUCACUAUAUGUAGCAGUACAUUAUAUGUACAUUAUAUGUAAUGUUAGUAUUUCUGCUUUGAAUCCUUGAUAUUGCAAUGGAAUUCCUACUUUAUUAAAUGUAUUUGAUAUGCUAGUUACUGUGUGUGACUUAAUCUUUUUUUUCCUUUCUCCCUUUCCUGGUUGUGUGCUUCCUUUUACAACAAGCUUCUAGAAACAGGUAGUUCUGAGAAUUACUGAGCUAUGUUUGUAAUGCAGGUAUACUUAGGGAGUAUGUAAAAUAACCAUUUUAACAAAAGAAAUAGCUAUUUAAAAUUUAAUACUAACUAUGGGAAAAGGGUCCAUUGUGUAAAACAUAGUUUAUCUUUGGAUUCAAUGUUUGUCUUUGGUUUUACAAAGUAGCUUGUAUUUUCAGUAUUUUCUACAUAAUAUGGUAAAAAGUAGAGCAAUUGCAAUGCAUCAAUAAAAUGGGUAAAUUUUC